CAAAACACAGUUCUGAACCAUCUCCCAAACAAACGUUUCCAUCUUUACAGACAAGAAGCCUGAUAGAAAAAACUUGAAAAAAAAUGCAUUAUCUAACAGGAGAAAAUCAAAUGAAAAAAUCUGCUCUCAUCCAUUAAGGGAGAGUAUUGAAAGACAUGUUGAAAUACUUAUGUAGUGUCAGUCCGAAGAGACAAUAAUUAAAUGAACUGAAAUCCUACAAAUCCUCCAAAAUGAAAUGGCCUAACGUCUGUGUUUCCUUAUACUUCUUCUUUUUGCCCUUUUCGUAUGAUGUUUGCAGGUGCUGAGGGAAAUCUGUAUAGCCUGGUGAAAGAAUGUAGACCUGAAGAGACUAAUAAUAGUGAUAAAAACAGAUCCUGGGCUGUAGUCAGAAGAAAUCUGGACCAGCCACAGGAAGUAGUCUUGGAGGUGCACUGCAAGUAGAGGCCUAAGAGUUUUGCUUUUCAUGUACAGUGAUACUCAGCAUGUUGUUAUUCUGUCAUAUGCUGGCCAGAGCCUUUCUUCCGUUCCUCAUCCUUUCAGGAAACUGGGUUUCAGCUGAGAACAUCAACUUUUACAAUGUGAGACCUCCGCUAGACCCCACUCCGUUUCCAAACAGUUUUAAGUGCUUUACCUGUGAUAACGCAGUGGACAAUUACAACUGUAACAGAUGGGCUGAAGAUAGAUGGUGUCCUGAAAGUACUCAGUACUGUUUGACAGUUCAUCUCUUCACAGACCAUGGAAAGAGUGCAUCAGUCACCAAAAAAUGUGCUACUGGAGAAGAAUGCCAUUUCGUAGGCUGCCACCAUCACAGAGAAAGUGGCCACACAGAAUGUGUUUCUUGCUGUGAAGGCAUGAUUUGCAAUGUAGAAAUACCAACCAAUCACACAAAUGCGGUAUUUGCUGUAUUGCAUGCCCGGAGAACGUCGGAUGGCAACAGGCGGACAGUCAACAUUGCAGUGCUUGUAUCGGCCGUGAUGAUUGCGUUGUCGUGAUGCAGCAUACUCCUGUUACAUCUGCUUGAGCGAGUCGACCUUUCUGGGGGUUAGAAGAAGCUGUAAGAAGAUUGGUUCAAUAUGUGCAAGGAGAAAUCGCUCAUAUUUCUUAUUACAUAAAAUGUAAGGGGACAGUGGAAAGACAUGCGUACACCAUGAAGUCCUUGGAUAUUUUAGUGAAGAUAUUUCAUGUGGCCUGCAGUAUUUAAAAAAAAAAACCAAACAAACAACCACUCAACAGCCUGCUGGCUGACUAGGCAGUGGGUGAACUCAAGUUAUUAUAGUUCACUAUUUUAUGAUGAAAAUGCACAUAUGCUUGGCAUGUGAGAAAAGUGUCUGUAGACAAUCACUUUCCCAGGUGAGAUAAAAAGGAACUUUUGAUGGACGAUGUGCCAACAGGUAUCUCAAUGGAAAAUGUUUUUAAACUGUUUUUCAUUGUGCAUAAAUAACACGGAGUUUCUUGUCAUGAUCAACAGGUGUACUUAAGCUUAUCUUUAGUUAUGGUGUUCACAGAGAACAUGUAUGGUUUUCAUAGAGAACAUAUAUGAGAGAAUUUUUUUCUGUUUUGAUCAGAGCUAUCAUUUCUACUAGAAAUAAUACAACAUAAUACUUAUAUCUUUCCUUUCUGUAAAAUGUGGUCUCACACUCAGAGUUUAAACCAGUGCGAAAUUAUGUAGAAUUUCUGUCUAAAAAUGAUGAACUGUUUGAGCACCUGUGUCAGAAUUCUUCCCCACUCCCUCAAAGGGAUUAUUUUUUUGCAAUAGAGUCUCACCUCAGCUGAAUCUUUGUCUUUGUGAUAUUGUUCGAAGUGGUGGUAGUACCAUGACUUUGAAAUUGCAGCUGCGGUCAAGGAGCUACGUUGUCAUAACCGUUGUAAGUGGGCACUUGGUCUAAGUAAGGAGAGAAGUGUACUGCUUCUGUUCUCUGUACUGCUAUUCUCUCUUGAUUUGCAGAAGUUUCUCCCAGAAAUGUUACGGUCCUUGAUGGAUCUUCAACUUGUAAGUCAGCACUGUUGGAUAUCCCAGACCUCUGGACAUCAUUGUUACGUAGCUUUGCCACCUCCUUUCGAAAAGUUUGGGCCAAGAUUCUUUUUUUCAUCACAAUAUUCAGAAGUUUAAUAUGAUUUAUUUGCAUUUGACUCCUUAUCAUUUAGAUGACUGUUCUUCAAUUAGAUGAACGGUUGCAAAUUUGACAAAUAGUAGAGCUGAGAUUACAGUUAGAAGUACUAAAACUUUCUUUGUUUUCCUUUGUAAUGUGAUGCAGACCAGCAUAGAUAAGUUGCUUGUGUGAACUCUCACACCUUCUAGCGCAGACCUGUGCUUUCCAGGGCUCUGAUAGAUCGAGCUCUUACAGACUGGCCUAAACACAGUCUUUAAGAGGUCAGACUUACGGCGUCUGCACUGGUUACUUCGUUAAUGCAGACAUUCUUUGCACUGGUUACUUCGUUAAUGCACACGUUCUUUGCACUGCAAACCCCCGAUCGUAGAGCCCAGCAGGUACUGAUGUUAUGUGACUUCUCGGUAUGGCUUUAUGUGAUCUAAAAUCCUAACAAGUUUUGGCUGCUCCUUUCGCCCAGUUGUGUUUCCUUCCAGCUCCCCACCGUUUUCAUAAAGUUUCUCUGACGGCUGAAGAUAUUGCAGCACAGCUGAGGAUUUGACCUAGCAAGGUUGAAGAAUUGCAUUUCACUUUUUCUAAACUGGUUUAUUCAUUUAUGAAUAUACUGAUACGAUUACGAAUAAGAUAGAUUGGUCCGAUCUUUUUCUAGUGGCUUUUUCUCAUCUUGAAUGAGAUGGUUAAAAUUAUGAUUGUUGGAAUAUUUUUCAGGAAGGACGGAUCAUUAAAACUUACUCUUAAAAAGAGAUUCAAAACUGUUCUGAGAAAAAUUCAGGUAACUCUAAAUUUGGAUUUUUUUACAUAAAUUUUGGCUUAAUUAUUUGCUAUUUUAUGUCAAUAAAUGUAUUUAGACUAGCAGUUGAAAAACGCUUUGCAAUGUUUUUGGUUUUGUUUACAUUCUAAAACUGCCUACACAAUAUUUUUAGAAUAUAUAAAUACAUCUAAAAGCCACUCUGUGAUUUGUUGACAAGCGAUUGCGUAGCUACAAAAAUUGGAUGGAAACACUUUUUCCUUGCUAAUACAAAAAAGUUUUUGGUGUCUAAGCCCAGGUUUUCCAGGCUCUGGGUUGAUGACCAUUGCCCUGCCAUCCAACAGGCCAGGAUGCUGAGGAUAUUUUUCCUUUGUUCAGUGAUCAUCCCAAGAAAACAUAUCUAUAUAUUAAUCUUGGUGUCAGAUGUAGUAACAAGCACAUUCGAUGUUUUUCAUCGUUAAAUAUCAUCUUUUUGUUACAUGAUCUACAGGUUACUUGAACUUUUUUCUUUGGAGGAAAAUCAUUCAAGGUUUGCUCUCUGCUCAACGGGGAAUUCCUUAGUAAAGGGGAAGCAAGUUGUCUUCCAUGUUUUGGGGUAUUUUUCCUGGUUUUGCCUCUGAGCACUAGGUGCUGCCAUAAUUCAGCUUCUGGGAAUAAUUAUUGCAAUCUUAACAAGGCCUUAAAGUACCCUAUAGUCUUAUAUGAGUUUACUGUAAAUAAUUUACAAUAAUCUAAGUGCUGACAUUUGUUUACACUGCAAAUGCCGUUCCAGAGCAUUUGGGAGUGCCAGGGAGACCCUGGGGAGCUGCCCGGAGGGAGGGCUCAGGCGGAGGAAAUGGGCUGCAGGUUCUCUGCAACUGCCAAAAGACCUUUUGGGAGGGGAGGUCUCUGUGUCUUUGUUUUUCUUGGUUGAACUGAAUUAUUUUUUUUACUGUUUGCCAUACUGACAAGUUAAGAAAUCUGCUCGUGAUUUAAAUAAUGCAUUAGGUAAACAAUUGUUUGGAAUAAAAGAAAUAAAAAUUGAAGCAUUCCACUGAAGUGCCAAAAUAGUAUGCUUGAUUUUAAUUGUCAUUUUUUAAAAAUUAACAAUAAAGACAGCAACCUGGAUAUAUGAAAGGAUUUGGUGUUGCCAAAGGUUUAUUUUUUAGCAUAAUAGAAUUCCAAUAGUGGAGAAUAUUAAGGAUGAGUUCUAGUCAUCUUGAUGCAUCAAUACCUUUGUUAUUGCAAAGUUUAGGACUAUUGUUCCUAGAAAAAUGAAUAUGCAAAAGCUGUUAAUGAAAUGUUAUUGCUGCACAAAUAGUCACUUGGCUGAAGAAAUAUGGAAUUUAAGAGUGGAUAUCAAUUUUACCCUUUGCUGCUUUUUAUGUAUGUAAAGACCUGUAUGCUUCUGCUUACAUUUUAUUUAAAUGUAAAUGUUAAAUGCUAACUUCGUAGGAAAAGCAAUGUGUGCUGAUUAUUAGAGCAAAUAGUGCUAAAAUUCACCAGAGUGCAUAUUUUUGGCACGACUAAUGAUUGACUGCCUAGGCAAUCUUGACAUUAAUUUAUGGUAUAAUGCUCGUCUUUUAUUAAAUAUUCACGUAUCAGCUAUAUUUUCUCUUCAGUCUGAAGAAGUACUUCUGUCUGAAGUUCUUACUGAAGAACUUACAAGAGUAUUGUUUGAUUUGAGAAAAAUAAUCCUCAGGCACUCCGUAAUGUUUGUAUUCCAGGCAUCUCAGUUUUGGUUCACAGAUGUUGUAAUGUAACUAUGUAUGACUUGUUUGUGCCUAAAUUAGCCAUGCAACUUUGGAAAUGCUGUUUGUGUAAAUGCACGUCCAUAAUCUCACAUCCAUAACUUUACAUGCAGAAGGGAAAUGCAUUUGCUAAUACUUCUGUGUACAUCCAGCUUCCAGUUUGUGCAGUUGAGGAAAGAUAAAUGUUUUAUGAUACAUGUGUGUAAUGAUUUUUUUUUAAUUUUUUUUUUUACAUUGCACUGGACAGUCUGUAGAAGAUUUAUUUUUACAAGUUUAAAUACAGAAAAACUUCUUCAC